AUGGCAGACAAUAAAGGUGAUCAAGGGAAGACUGGCUCAGAAGGAAUCAGCUCGACGGGUUUGUUGGGCAAUCUGUGCCAUCCAGACCCACAGUCGGAGCGCGGAAAACUGAUCCAGUUGGCGCGCAUGCUUGUUCUCAUAUUCAUACCACUGAUCGGAGUUAUCGUAUUCUCUUCCAUUCUCUUGGCUGAUGCCAUCUCUGAAGAGAGUGAACUGAACAACAUUGAAGAUCAGCUAAAGGCCUGUAAAGCGAUCGGAGACCUCGUGCAUGCAUUGCAGCUUGAACGUGCGAAGACGAUGUUUAUUUAUCACACGGGACGCAACAUGACAUGGGAGGAGUUUGCGGAAGAAUAUACCUACACAGACGCCUGUAUUUCUCAAAUAAACGAUUGGAACAAAUGUGGAAACAGUUCCAGCGGACUGAAAUCUGAAUCCUUUCAGAAUUCGUUAGAGAAAAACCGCGAAGACUUACUACACAACCAGACCAGCAUCGAAGAAGAUAUCGAAUUUUACAAUUCUUUAAACGCCGAGUUGGUUAGAAAUAUAGCUAUCGAUGCGAACGUGGCCAGUGUUGGGACACUGCGGAAUUUAUUACUGUCCUACAGAAUGAUUUUGCAUGCUAAAGAGAACGCUGGUGUUUCUGCAGCCAUAGGCAUCGAGUAUUAUUCUAAAGGACAACUAGGUUCUGAACAGGCGAAUUUGUUCGUGGCGUCAGAUGCCUUACGAAAAGAUCAUUUAUUGUCCUUUCGAGAAUUUUCCUCUGAAUACAGUUUCAAAUAUGAACAUCUGUUCAAAGAUAAACAGGAUCUCCUGAGCGAAAUUAACGGUUUUCGAUCUUCCAUUCAAACUAACGUCAUCGUCCAAGGCUCAGCAGAGGAUGCUGGGAAAUAUUACACUUUAAUGAAGAGUUAUUUGCUGUUGCUUCGCGACGUGAAAAACGCCCUGAAAGUGGAAAUUUUCUCUAUUAUUUCUGAGAGAGUUUCCUAUGCUAACGCUCGUGUUACUUCCGGUGUCCUGGCUUUUGUGUUGGUUGCUGUAGUUUCCAUGAUUUCUGUAUUCUGCAUCCAUGGACUCACGCGCAAUCUACAAAAGUAUGCACAAGACGCUGCUGAGAAGACGCGAGAACUGAGCAACGAGAAGACCAAAUCUGAUCGGCUUCUCCUUCAGAUGCUACCCAAAGACGUCGCCCUGCAGUUAAAGCGCAAUCAAAAGGUGAACGCAGAGUAUUUUGACAGCGUGACUAUUUAUUUCAGCGAUAUCGUAGGUUUCACGUCUAUCUCCGCCCAAAGCACACCGAUGGAAGUUGUUGCGUUGCUCAAUGAUCUCUAUCAUUUCUUCGAUGACUGCAUCGAUUUGUAUGAUGUGUACAAGGUGGAAACGAUUGGGGAUGCCUACAUGGUGGCCAGCGGUCUGCCCAGGAGGAACGAAGACCGUCACGCUUAUGAAGUCGCCCUCCUCUCCUUCACACUGUUAAAGGGAAUCAGUUCCUUGACCAUCGCUCACAUGCCCGAUCACAAGCUGAAGAUCAGGAUUGGUAUUCACACGGGACCAUGUGUGGCGGGAGUUGUUGGGAAUAAGAUGCCUAGAUAUUGUUUGUUUGGGGACACAGUUAACACGGCUUCCCGGAUGGAAUCCACUGGUGAACCCAUGAUGAUUCAUAUCAGCAAGGAUACAAAGGACAUACUUAGUAAACACUCGGGUUUUCACACAAAGUCACGUGGGCAGCUCGAUGUCAAGGGUAAAGGUUUGAUGGAGACUUUUUGGCUGCUAUCGACAACUUUAUCCUUGCGAAAGUAG